AUGAACCAAGGAUGGGCCAACGGGCAGAUGACCUUCCCGAACGUUAACCCCCAGUCCAUGUACAACCCGCAACAGCAACAGCAACAGCAACCGCAACAGCAACCGCAACCGCAACCGCAACCGCAGCAGUUCGACCUCACCUCCUUCACCCCCAACGGCGCGCCCUCCCAGACCGGCACUCCCCAACCCGCACAGCAGACCUUCACCCCCGGCUCUGUCGUGCCUGCGAAACGGCCUCACGAUGGCAUGUCCGCAUCGCCGCAGCAACCUCAGCACUCGCGAUCACACACGCCCUCCUUUGCGCCCGGCGGCUUUCCCAAUCCUCAGUUUCCCAACGCGCCUACCCCUCUCCAGCGCUUCCAGCAACAGCCCGGCUCGAACAAUGCCACGCCAUCGCCGACAAUGUCAAAUCAGCAAUUCCACCCGCCCCAGCCGGGACAGCAGCAACGGAUGAACAACGCGAGUCCUUUCCCCGGCCAGCAGCCCAACUAUGGCACCCAGAUGUCGCCUGCGCCCAACGGUAGCAACAUGCAGCAGCAGGGCAACAUGAGUCAGUACGGAGGGCAGUAUGGCAUGAAUCCGGGCAUGUCCAUGGCGGGCAUGCCCAAUGCCAUGGCCGCGCAGAUAAACAACAUGAGCGGCAACAUCCAGCCAAGCGCGCAACGCGCCUAUCAGAUGAAGCUUAUGCAGCAUCAGCAACAACUGCGCGCAAGUGGGAUGAUGCCGCCGCAGCAGCGCAUGGGAGGACAGCCCAAUCAGAUGAACAACUUUGGUGGCCAGCAGCCCGGCGUGCAAAUGCCCAAUGGCCAGCCAAGCGCCAUGCAGGCGCAUCAGAUGCAAAUGAUGGCCAAGAAGAAGCAGUUCCUCUCUGCGUUGCAGCAACAAGCGCAACAGCAAGGACGACCGUUCAAUCCCAACCCUACCAUUGGCAAUCGGCCGCUUGACCUGUUCAAUCUGUGGCAAGUGACCGUCUCCGCGGGUGGUGCACAAAAAAUUGAUCAGGCGGGACAAUGGCCACUCGUUGCGCAAAAACUCGGGUUCAUACAACAGCAAUUCCCUUCGGCUGCGGAAGAGAUCAAGAUGAUCCACCAAAGGGAUAUCUCCUCGUACGAGAGAUUGUUCAUGCAGGCUCAGAUGCAGAAGAAGCAGGAGGCGGCGCGAAUGCACGCGCAGCAGAUGGCGGGCUACUCGAAUCAACCUCAGCAGUCUCCAACCAAGAUGAUGCAGAUACCUGGACAGCAGAACCAAUUCUCGCCGAUGCAGCAAGGGCAGCAGAACUCACAGCAGCCACAAGGCACACCGGUGCAAGCAAAUGCGACGUUACCGCAAAACGGCAUGUCGACGCCGCAGCAUAUGACGGGCGCGCAAGCCAAUCUCCAUCACCGCAGGAACUCGAGUCUUAGGAAGCCAGAGCAAAUGACACCGCAGCCGGUCCAGCAACCCGGUGCGACCGCUUCGCCGUUGAUGAACAAGCAGCAAAGACCGCCUUCGGUGAAGCAAGAACCAAGCGGUCCCGUGAUGAAGAGCGAGGAGCCACAAAGCACACAUUACGUUCCCUUGCUGCGAGACAUCGACACAGAUGGAGGAUAUGACACGGCUGCACUGUUCGACCUGGGCAACACGAUUGCGCGCGCGAAGCCGAAUCAUCCAACAGUUGACGAGAUGGGAGUCAUUGAUACCAAGGCUAUCACACUCAGUCUCGCAUCGGGGCUGCACGCUGAGGUAAGGUAUGCUCUAGACACGCUGGCAAUAAUAUCGCACGACACACGAGUAGGCCUCAAUCUCGAGAAUUGUGACGACCUGAUGGACGUGAUCGUCGACUGUGCCGAGGAUCAGACGGAUAUCCUGUCCGAGGAAGCUGCCGAAGUGAGCGACGCGCUCGACCUGUCGCCUUACGAGGACAUCUUGCGGAACGCUAAAGUCGAGGCCGAUACGCUGCAAGAGGUACCUGCGUUUGGAACUCCGGCGUAUGAACUGGAUCGCGCAGCGGACAAGGUCAUCGCCAUCACCACCAUUCUGCGGAACUUCUCUUUCUACGAACACAACCAUCGAUUACUAACAGCAGGCCCUCUAAUCAAAUGGCUGAGCAACACAAUUCGGCUUUUGGGGACUCGCAACAUGCUCUUACGGACCCACUUCAACACCCAAGACUUCUACAAGGACAUAAUCAUCUUCCUCUCCAAUGUCACACAAAGCCUGGAGCUACCGUCGCGCGAUGAUGCGCUACAUAUACUCCACUUUCUGCUCGCCUUUGCGCCCCAGCCAGCUCCCAUCUACGGAGAAAGCGGCGACAGAGUGCGCUUCCCGAGUUUCGUACCCGCGAACCACAAGUAUCUUCCUCCUGCGGUCGACUGCUUGGCGAAGCUCCUGGCCAGACAAGACCCCAAUCGAAUGCUGUACAAGAGCAUAUUCACCGCCACAAGCUCCUCCCUCGCAGCAUCGGAAUCUCCUCUGGACCUUUUAACACGAGCGUUCGGACUCUCAAUAUCAGUCUUACCGGACCGAUCAAAAGGCUCCUUGGGGAAUAGUAUGCAAUUGCGGAUUGUCGAAGCGCGAAAAGCCUAUCUCACCCAGGGUAUGCUCGCCGCUGACAUCCUGACGACAUUGGCUGCGAGUAACGACACCGCACUAGCUCGCGCCUGGAUAGAGAGUGAGGACGGCUGGGCUGUCGGAUUGCUCAACCUCGCUGCGCUCCUUUCUGUCGACCACAGUAAGACGAAUGGGCCGAAAGGACGAGAUCUCGGAUGGGACGUCGAAACCUUCAAGCUCAUCACGUUCCGCGCAUUGACCAUGAUGAAGCGACUCGCGGAGAAGGCCGGCAAAGGGGCGCUGCAGAAUCUGCAACAUGCCGUCACCAAGAAUGGCGCUGUCAAUGGCGAGACUGCAAACGGUAUUCAUGAUGAUAAGGAUGACCUUAUUGAAGCUCUGAAAGGACAGCCGAAAUGGGAGGGAAUACCUCAGGGACACGCGAUCUUGGGCGCGCUGAUGAUGCCGAACACGGACAAGGUGGCGUUGGGAUUACUUUGUGGGCUGCAUGAGAUGGCGAUGCAACAGCCGAAUACCAGCAGCUAA